CCGUGCGCGUCGCGCUUCCUCCGCCCCAGCUUCCGCGUCCUCGCCCCGGUAGCCGGACCCCGAGCGGGUGCCAGAGUCUUACCCGGUUUCGGAGCUGGAGUCGGACCGGAGGGGUCGGAGUUAGACCAGGACCCUGGGCUGAAGCGGCGGGCACUGACUCCCUGCGAGAUGGACGGGACAGAAGGCAAUGCUGGGCAACCGGGCCCCGCUGAGCGGUCCCAUCGAAGCAGCGUGUCCUCCGUGGGAGCCCGAGCAGCUGACGUGCUGGUGUACCUGGCGGAUGACACAGUGGUGCCCCUGGCCGUGGAGAACCUGCCCUCACUUAAUGCCCACGAGCUGCACCGGGCUGUCCGUGAGGUCCUACAGCUCCCAGACAUCGCCCUGGAUGUCUUUGCACUCUGGCUUGUCUCCCCUCUGCUGGAGGUGCAGCUGAAGCCCAAGCACCAGCCCUACAAGCUGGGCCGCCAGUGGCCGGAACUGCUGCUGCGUUUUACCGACGCCCCCGAUGACGAUGUGGCCACGGAUGAGCCUUCCCUGCAAUUCCGAAGGAACGUGUUUUUCCCGAAGCGGCGGGAGCUCCAGAUCCACGACGAGGAGGUCCUGCGGCUGCUCUAUGAGGAGGCCAAAGGCAACGUGCUGGCCGCACGGUACCCAUGUGACGUGGAGGACUGCGAGGCCCUGGGCGCCCUGGUGUGCCGCGUGCAGCUCGGGCCCUACCAGCCUGGCCAGCCCACUGCCUGUGCCGUGAGGGAGAAGCUAGACUCCUUCCUCCCCGCCCACCUCUGCAAGCGGGGCCACGGGCUCUUUGCUGCCCUCCGGGGCCGCGGGGCCAAGGCGGGGCCGGGGGAGCAGGGCCUGCUGAACGCCUACUGCAAGGUGAAGGAAGCGGCCGGCGGUGACAGCGGGCGCGGGGCCUCCCUCAGCACCCACUACCGUGCCUACCUCCUCAAGAGCCACGAGCUGCCCUUUUACGGGUGUGCCUUCUUCCAUGGUGAGGUUGACAAGCCGGCCCAGGGCUUUUUGCACCGGGGCGGGCGAAAGCCGGUGGUGGUGGCCAUCAGUCUGGAGGGCGUGCAUGUCAUCGACAGCAGGGAGAAGCACGUCCUGCUGGGCCUGCGUUUCCAGGAGCUGUCGUGGGACCACACCUCUCCCGAGGAGGAGGAGUCUGUCCUGUGGCUAGAGUUCGAUGGGGACAACGAGGGCACCCCGGUCAACAGGCUGCUCAAGAUCUACUCCAAGCAGGCUGAGCUGAUGAGCGGCCUCAUCGAGUACUGCAUUGAGCUGAACCAGACUUCAGAGCUCACCGCCCCCCAGGAGACUGUGUCCGGCCCGCCCUCGGCCGCCAGCUCCCUGCCAUCUUCUCAGCGCCCGCAGCUGCAGAGGCAGGGCAGCGUGGUGUGCAGCCGCCUCCAGCAUCUCUCCACCAUCGACUACGUGGAGGAAGAGAAUGAGUGGGGGAGGGGCAAAGAGAGAGGGAGAGGCAGAAUCCGAAGCAGGCUCCAGGCUCCGAGCUGUCCGCACAGAACCCGACACGGGGCUCGAACUCACAAAUGGUCAGCAGAUCAAGCGGGUGAAACCGAAGCGCACCACGUCCUUCUUCAGCCGGCAGCUGUCCGUGGGCCAGGGGAGCUACACCGUGGUGCAGCCCGCUGACAGCCUGGAGCAGGGCUGAGGGCAGCGGCGCCAGGCGGGGGGUGGCACCCGGAGGCCCCCUGGGGCCUGGCCGAGGGCCCUUCUCCCCGAGGGGCGGGACCAGGCUGCGGCUCUGGCGUCGGGCAAGAGGGCCACCUCGAGCGGGAGGAAGUGGCUUCUGUGCCUGGGAUGGGACGCGGGCUGCACGGAGCUGGCCGGGGGCUCCUGCAGGGUCUUUUUUGGACUUCCCCUGGACUCGGCCCCACUUCCGUCUCAGGAGCAUCUGAGGAGGCUCUGGCCGCCUCCCCCCAGCCAGGGACUUGUCUUCGUGCCCCUCUCAAGGUGGACAGUGUCCCCUGCUCUGAAGUCCUCAGUGGCGGCUCUGAUGGCAGGUGGCCGAUGAAUAGGGUUCGGGACCUGUAGAUCCAGUGUGUGUCUUUGGUCUCUUCCCUGGACUUUGGUGACCACAUCCCUGCAUUCCUUCUGCCGCACCCCCCCCACCCCCCCGCCCCGCAACCUGCUGCCAGUCUGGGCAUGGCUCUUUGGGCGGGAAGGGGCCCUCGUGCAUUGAACCACAGGAGGAACAGAGAAGGCGAGGCCCCUCACCCAUACCCUCCCUUGCCGGAUGAAACUAGAGGGAGCCAGGCAGGGCCUGGCUCAGGGGGCAUUCUGUGCCCCUCACUCAGGCCCCUUGUGCCAGGACACCCUCUGACCGGAAGGAAAAUGCCUUUUUGCCAGCCUUUGGUGACAACGCUGUGCCGGGAGGUGGCCGUCCUGUGACCAACACGCCGCCAGACCCACACUUCACACUUGGACAGGCUCCCAACCACCCUGGGCUUCAGGGUUUGGUUUUGCUCCUUUUUCAUCUGCUUUAGUUCUGCGAAGCCUGUGACCUCUGGGGGCAACUUGAGAGAGUGCUCCCGCCAACCUCAGAGCUACUGGCUUUCCUUCAAGACGGCGCCAUGGUGUCCAUCCGCGUGACCCUUUGGGGUGGCCUGUGCGCGAGGAUGUCCCGUGCGAGCUGGUCUCAUCUUUGCAGGGACAUCGUAGGGAGGCUGGAUGUGGCACUGGGUGUGGCUUUUCCCCUGCCUCACGUUCCUGUCUUCUCCCAGAGGAGCCAGGCUAGCAGAGGGCCUUCCCAGCCCCUCGGCUCCUCCCUGGUGGCUCCAUGGUUCUCACGGCGCUUGCUGGGACUUUCUGCGGGGAAGAGGCAGGCCCAGCGGAGCACUGGGCUUGGCCUUGUUCUCCCCUCCCCUGGAGAGCCUGGGCAGAGGAAACUCGGACUUGGCUCCAGGGGUGGAGCCCACUCACUUCCUCUUCCUUUUGGUGACUUUUGCACACUCCAGAUGUUCUGAGGGGGGCUUGCCUCCGGCAGUAGGGACUUGUGUCGCUUGUUAUAAUAAAUAGGUAUCCGAGCCUUCUGGAAUGUCCCAGCCAGAGAACAUCUUAUCUCCCCUCCUGGAAUCACUGGACCUGAGUGGCUGCCCGGCAGCCCGGCACGCAGCCAUCUGGUUAUCUCUUCCCACUCGCUGUUUUGACCCAGGUGAAUGUUUAUCUGCUGGUCUGGCUGCGAGGGGCGGGUGUGGACCCAUUACUUGUUUUUACUGUUCGGCCUCUCUGCUGUUCUCUGAGCAUCCCUUGUGACGUGACCUUUUCUGCCUGGCCUUUGGGACAAAGCAGUAUUUCACCAAGUGCCCUUUGAAUAUUCUCAUUCUUUUGUAUCAUGUGACUUAUUAAUAAUAAAUGAAUUUCCAGCAAA